AUGGGAACACUCGGAAACACGCCAUACGAUGGCAUACAAUGGCGUUGUGCGAGAGAGGGCUCCGGUAGGCCCUAUGAAUUGAGCGGAGUCGCACAACACGUUGUGGUGAGUCUGUCGGUGCUCUCCAAACGGCUGUCCACUCACACGACUGACUCGUUCAUUGCAGAUACCCUUCCGGACACCCAUUGCCACCACAACCAGAGUCGGCAACUCCUCUCUGACGCACUCUUUGCUGCCCGUGAGCACUGGUAUGCGAGCGCACUGUCUGUCUGUCCAACCCCUGUGCGCUCACACAAUAUGGACGCGCAGAUAGUUUACCGCCAAUUGAUCGCCAAUUAA